UGCGCAUCCACGAGGAGUCUACUAACCUCAUCCCUGUUUGAAAGAGCAUACACAGAAAGGAACAUGCAGAUCUCAAGUCCUGCUGAUUCUUUUAUGAAUAACCUGCUACGGAAACCAGCCAUCUAAACUACUGUUUAGGUCUCUACGAGCAGUAUACCAGCCGUGAGCAUGGAUGGCAGUAGUGGCGAAUGGCUCAGCACUCAAGUGCCCUCGUCUUGCCUGGAAAACUUCACCAUGGAGAAUUCCAGCAGGGGCCAAAUCUAUGAAGUCGUCCUGCAGUCGACGAACACGACUAAACAUAAUCCCCAGUUUGUUGGUGUGGAGCUCCUUCAGUCCUUUAAACCCCUCAUCAUCCCGUGCUACGCUCUCGUGGUCCUGGUUGGAGUUUUCGGGAACUAUCUGCUGCUUUACGUCAUCUGCCACACCAAAAAAAUGCACAACGUGACCAACUUCUUCAUCGGUAACUUGGCGUUUUCUGACAUGCUGAUGUGUGCUACCUGCGUGCCCUUUACCCUGGCAUAUGCUUUUAACCCUCGCGGGUGGGUUUUUGGAAGAUUCAUGUGCUACCUGGUGUUCCUCAUUCAGCCUGUGACUGUGUACGUGUCGGUUUUCACACUGACAGCUAUUGGGGUGGACAGAUACUACGCUACGGUUCAUCCGCUGAAGAAGCGCAUCUCAGUUCUGGCCUGCACAUAUCUUCUGUCAGGGAUCUGGAUUCUGUCGUGUGGUCUGGUGGCUCCGGCUGUGGCCCACACGUACCAUGUGGAGUUCAAGGAGGAAGGUUUCACCAUCUGCGAGGAGUUCUGGAUGGGGCAGGAGAAAGAGCGUCUAGCCUAUGCUUACAGCACACUCUUCAUCACCUAUGUUCUUCCUCUGUCCGCACUUUGCAUCUCCUACUUGUGUAUUUCAGUGAAGCUUCGCAAUUGUGUGGUGCCAGGUCAUCGCACCCAGAGCCAAGCGGAAGCCCAGCGGGCUCGGAAACGCAAGACGUUUCGUCUGGUGUCUUUAGUCGUCGCUGCUUUUGGGAUCUGCUGGCUGCCGAUAAGUGUCUUCAAUGUUCUUCGGGAUAUUGAUAUAGACCUGAUCGACAAGCGCUACUUCCUGCUGAUCCAGCUAUUGUGUCAUUUGUGUGGAAUGAGUUCCUCUUGUUGUAACCCGUUUUUAUAUGCAUGGCUGCACGAUCGUUUCAGGGCGGAAUUGCGCAAGAUGUUCACCUGCCAUCGACGGAUUGCCAUCGGGAUUCCUGCACACAACUGCGCCACUGCUAGUGUGGUUCUCUGACAGAAAAAGAGGGCAUCUAGUUAGUUCAAAGACUACUGAGGCUAGAAGAACACUUGGGUCACAUACUUUUGGAAAAGAGAAAGUGUUCACAUUGGUCCUGGCUGGAACUCUACCAUCUGUAAGGUUCUCCCACAUGCAUCUUGUUUUAGAUGGACACAGAUGGUAUUUCUUGGAUGUACAAGCCAUGUGAGAAAGCUGUUGGAUUUAGCCACAAGAUUUCACCAUGCUGUCUGUGAUUUGGAUAUGGAUUUUCUAGGAAGGAAAAUGCAUGUUGGUCACAUUACAGAGAAACGGUCGCUAAAAUACUGCAACAGAAACAUACAGAUACCUAGCUUUCAGAAAGCAAAUGCUUUAGCUUUAAAAGUGAAUUGCAGCUUAUUUUAAUGCCUUUCAGACUGUAGGAUUAAUUUUUUUUAAAUUGCAUGUGUUUAUACAAGAUGUCACUGAAUAUAUAUUAACAUCAAACAGAGAAAAUAUUCAAAAAGAGCACAUGGCAUAGAAAUUAGGGGUGUAACGGUUCACAAAAU